GAAAGUUCUGGGCUCUUUCCUUUUUGGGGGACAGAGGAAGGUUCUGUCACUCUGUCCAUAGGGGGCACAUUCCUACAGAGAUGGACAAGGAAGCCUGGAGGCACCAUAGCCAUGGAGUACCAUAUUGUCUACGUGUUGCCAGGAGAUCCAUUGUCCCUGUGGAAAGUCAGGAAUCUAGUUUGGGUGGAGAGAGGGUGAAUGCCCUAAGAAAUCAUCUAGGAAACCUAAAUCUGAAUCUUGUUUGAAAAAUAUAAUCCUUUCAUCCAGGAAAGGUUUUGUUGAACAUGCCAAUCAGUAUACUUCCCAGAGAUAUUUCUCCUUUACACUGGAGACUCAGUAAGGCAGGAAGGUGACUAAGCUGUGCUGCCCUCUUGACACUGACCAGAACUGUUUCUCCUUUCUCAGAACUUGCAGCAGAGGUUUUAUCAGAGUGCCUACCAUUUCUUCUUGAGGGCUUCUGUGCCUCCACUAGGCUAGGGGGUGUGAGGAGACUGGAGUAAUUUGAAGUGUCUUCAGUGCUUCUAGAGUUUUGCUCUUGACUGGUGGGUUCAAACCUAACCUGUUUUGUUGCUUAGUUUAGUUGCAUUUCUUUGGAGGAUGUUGGUGUUUUGGGAUAUUCAAAGUUGAAAACAUCUUCAUUUUUCUCAUUGCUGCAGUGUAGAUGGUGUGUGCUAUUGGUCUUGCAGUCACUUUUGCUAACUGAUGACCACAGGGAGAAUUAAAGGUUGAGCAAUGCUGAAGAUUCGUUGGAGGAAGUAAGUGAGAGAGCAGCUUUGGUGUUGAAGAGAAACCUUGGAAAGGAAUGGGCCCUGUUCUCUUGAAGCUGUUUGCCCUGAUCCCAGGAAUGCUGUAGAGGAUACAAGGGAGCUUCCAGAAAUCAGCCAAGAUGAAUAUGGUGAAGAGGAUCAUGGGCCGGCCCCGGCAGGAAGAGUGCAGCCCCCAGGACAACGCGCUGGGCCUGAUGCAUCUGCGUCGCCUCUUCACGGAGCUCUGUCAUCCUCCACGGCACAUGACCCAGAAAGAGCAGGAAGAAAAACUUUACAUGAUGUUACCUGUGUUCAACAGGGUGUUUGGAAAUGCUCCUCCAAGUACAAUGACCGAGAAAUUUUCUGACCUCCUGCAGUUUACUACUCAAGUGUCACGAUUGAUGGUGACUGAAAUUCGACGGAGAGCAUCAAAUAAGUCCACAGAGGCUGCAAGUCGUGCCAUAGUCCAGUUCCUGGAGGUCAAUCAAAGUGAAGAAGCAAGUAGAGGUUGGAUGCUGCUCACCACAAUCAAUUUACUAGCUUCAUCAGGACAGAAAACUGUGGACUGCAUGACUACAAUGUCAGUGCCUUCCACACUUGUUAAAUGUCUGUAUCUGUUUUUUGACCUUCCACACGUGCCUGAGGUAGUUGGAGGAGCACAGAAUGAACUACCUCUCGCAGAGCGCCGAGCGCUACUACAGAAAGUCUUUGUACAGAUCCUAGUAAAACUGUGCAGUUUUGUGUCCCCGGCAGAAGAACUGGCUCAGAAGGAUGAUCUCCAGCUUCUAUUCAGUGCAAUAACCUCGUGGUGCCCUCCCUAUAACCUGCCUUGGAGGAAGAGUGCAGGAGAAGUACUAAUGACCAUAUCUCGUCAUGGCCUUAGUGUCAAUGUAGUGAAAUACAUCCAUGAAAAGGAAUGUUUGUCCACGUGUGUCCAGAACAUGCAGCAGUCUGAUGACCUUUCUCCCCUAGAAAUAGUUGAGAUGUUUGCUGGACUUUCUUGUUUUCUCAAAGACUCCAGUGAUGUAUCCCAAACGUUGUUGGAUGAUUUUAGGAUAUGGCAAGGAUACAGCUUCCUCUGUGACCUCCUCCUCAGAUUAGAACAGGCAAAAGAAGCUGAAUCUAAGGAUGCUUUGAAGGACUUAGUUAAUUUGAUAACUUCCUUAACAACAUACGGUGUCAAUGAAUUAAAGCCAGCUGGUGUUACUACUGGUGUACCUUUCCUGCUACCUGGAUUUGCAGUCCCACAGCCUGCAGGCAAAGGUCAUAGUGUGAGGAAUAUUCAAGCAUUUUCUGUCCUCCAGAAUGCAUUUUUGAGAGCAAAAACCAGCUAUCUAGCACAAAUCAUCCUUGAUGCCAUCAGGAAUAUUUAUAUGGCGGACAAUGCCAACUACUUCAUUUUGGAAUCGCAGCACACAUUGUCUCAGUUUGCAGAGAAAAUUCCUAAACUUCCGGAAGUGCAGACCAAAUACUUUGAGAUGCUGGAAUUGGUUGUCUUCAGCUUGAAUUACAUACCCUGUAAAGAACUGAUCAGUGUGAGCAUCCUUUUAAAAUCCAGCACUUCUUUUCAGUGUAGCAUCAUUGCCAUGAAGACACUCUUGAAGUUCACUCGUCAUGAUUACAUCUUCAAGGAUGUCUUCAGGGAAGUGGGGCUUCUGGAGGUGAUGGUAAAUCUUCUUCAUAAAUAUGCAGCCCUUUUGAAAGAUCCCACUCAGGCACUGAAUGAUCAAGUGGAUUCAAGAAACAGUUCAUUUGAGGACCAAAAGCAGCUGGCUUUAUUAGUUAUGGAGACCCUGACAGUACUACUACAAGGAUCAAACACAAAUGCAGGCAUUUUCAGGGAGUUUGGUGGUGCCAGGUGCGUGCACAACAUCGUGAAGUAUCCGCAGUGCCGCCAGCACGCCCUGAUGAUCAUCCAGCAGCUGGUGUUGUCACCCAGUGGAGAGGACGACAUGGGCACCCUGCUGGGGCUGAUGCAUUCGGCCCCGCCUACAGAACUGCAGCUCAAAACCGACAUCCUAAGGGCCCUACUCUUGGUGCUGAGAGAGAGUCACCGCACAAGAACUGUUUUUAGGAAAGUCGGUGGAUUUGUGUACGUCACAUCUUUACUUGUUGCCAUGGAAAGAUCUUUGUGCUCACCACCUAAGAAUGGCUGGGAAAAAGUAAACCAGAACCAAGUGUUUGAACUGCUUCACACUGUGUUCUGCACAUUGACUGCAGCAAUGCGCUAUGAGCCAGCCAACUCUCACUUCUUCAAGACAGAGAUCCAGUAUGAAAAACUGGCAGAUGCUGUUCGAUUACUUGGCUGCUUCUCAGACUUGAGGAAAAUAAGUCCCUUGAAUGUCUUCCCUUCAAAUACACAACUGUUUCAAAGGCUUUUGGACGAUGACCUAAUAUCGCUGGAUUCUGUGUCACCUACUCUAAGACACUGCAGCAAACUUUUUAUUUACCUCUACAAGGUAGCAACAGAUUCUUUUGACAGUCGUGCAGAACAGAUCCCUCCUUGCCUGACAAAUGAGACUUCUCUCCCCUCUCCUUGGGGUACGCCAGCUUUGUCCAGGAAAAGGCACGCAUAUCAUUCUGUUUCAACACCUCCUGUUUGCCCUCAGAAUAACAUAGCUGAUGUGAAACUCCAGACAGGACCCACGUCCAUACAAAGCUCUGAUGCAGUCAUUAUUCACCCUGGUGCUAUGCUUGCAAUGCUGGAUCUUCUGGCCUCUGUUGGAUCAGCUACACACCCAGAGCAUGCGCUGGAUCUCCAGCUGGCAGUGGCCAACAUCCUGCAAUCUCUGGUGCAUACAGAGAGAAACCAGCAAGUCAUGUGUGAAGCUGGGCUCCAUGCACGACUUCUGCAAAGAUGCAGCGCUGCUCUGGCAGACGAGGACCACUCCUUGCAUCCACCACUCCAAAGGAUGUUUGAAAGGCUGGCCUCCCAGGCUCUGCAGCCCAUGGUGUUGAGGGAAUUUUUACGCUUGGGAAAUCCUUUGAAUUGUGGAGCCUGGGACAAAAAGUUGUUGAAACAGUACCGAGUGCACAAACCCAGCUCACUGAGUUUUGAACCAGAAAUGAGAAAUAGCAUGGUCACCUCCAUGGAAGGUCUGGGUCCUGACAGUGUCUUCGGUGCGCACGAGGACAGCCACUAUCGGAUAAGCAAGAGCCUGCUCAAGCCAGCAGAAGGGAGCACGGUGCCCCUGACCAGAGUCAAGUGUUUGGUCUCCAUGACAACCCCACAUGAUAUCAGGCUUCACGGCUCAUCGGUGACGCCGGCAUUCAUCGAGUUUGACACAUCUCUGGAAGGGUUUGGCUGCCUGUUCUUGCCAAGUCUGGCUCCCCACAAUGCACCUACAAAUAAUGCUGUUACUACAGGACUUGUUGAUGGUGCCGUUGUGAGCGGAAUUGGAACUGGUGAAAGGUUUUUCCCACCACCAUCUGGUUUAAGCUACUCAACUUGGUUUUGUAUUGAACAUUUUAGUACACCUCCCAAUAACCAUCCUGUGAGACUUCUCACUGUAGUGCGGCGUGCGAACUCCUCAGAGCAGCAUUACGUCUGCCUUGCCAUUGUCCUCUCAGCAAAAGACCGCUCACUGAUUGUUUCAACUAAAGAAGAAUUGCUUCAAAAUUAUGUUGAUGACUUCAGUGAGGAAUCAUCAUUUUAUGAAAUUCUUCCCUGUUGUGCCCGUUUCCGCUGUGGUGACCUCAUUGUGGAAGGCCAGUGGCAUCACCUAGUUCUGGUCAUGAGUAAAGGCAUGCUGAAGAACAGCACAGCUGCACUCUACCUCGACGGACAGCUUGUUAACACUGUUAAGCUUCACUACAUCCACAGCAGCCCCAGUGGCUCUGGCUCUGCCAACCCCCCCGUGGUCAGCACAGUGUACGCCUACAUUGGCACGCCACCCGCUCAGCGCCAGCUCUCCUCCCUGGUGUGGCGCCUGGGCCCCACACACUUCCUGGAGGAAGUGCUGCCUGCCCCAGGGGUCAGCACCAUUUACGAGCUGGGACCGAAUUACGUCGGGAGCUUCCAAGCGGUUUAUGUUCCAUGUAAAGAUUCAAAGUCUGAAGGAAUCAAUCCAUCACCAGUAUCUUUGGUACCAGAAGAGAAGGUCUCCUUUGGUCUCUAUGCACUGUCAGUUUCUUCAUUUACAGUGGCAAAAAUAAGGAAAGUUUACAACAAGUUGGAUAGUAAAGCUAUUGCCAAACAGCUGGCAAUUUCUUCUCAUGAAAAUGCCACACCUGUGAAGCUGCUACAUAACUCAGCAGGGCAUUUGAAUGGACCAGCACGCUCCAUUGGUGCAGCUUUGAUAGGGUAUUUGGGAGUAAGAACAUUUGUCCCCAAACCUGUUGCCACUACACUACAGUACAUUGGUGGGGCUGCUGCUAUUUUGGGACUUGUAGCCAUGGCAUCAGAUGUGGAAGGGUUGUAUGCAGCUGUGAAAGCCUUGGUCUGUGUGGUAAAGAGCAAUCCACUGGCCAGCAAAGAGAUGGAAAGAAUCAAAGGUUAUCAGCUGCUGGCAAUGCUGUUAAAGAAGAAACGGUCCCUUCUGAACAGCCACAUACUCCACCUGACCUUUUCCUUGGUGGGAACUGUUGACAGUGGACACGAGACAUCCAUUAUCCCAAAUUCUGCUGCCUUCCAGGACCUGCUCUGCGAUUUUGAAGUCUGGCUUCAUGCACCCUAUGAGCUUCAUCUGUCAUUAUUUGAGCACUUCAUUGAACUCCUCACUGAGUCAAGUGAAGCAGCAAAGAAUGCAAAGUUAAUGAGGGAAUUCCAGCUCAUCCCAAGACUGCUGUUGACUCUUCGAGACAUGUCCCUGUCCCAGCCCACUAUUGCUGCGAUUAGCAAUGUGCUGAGCUUUCUACUUCAGGGCUUCCCCAGCAGCUAUGACCUACUCAGGUUUGGACAGUUCAUCUCUUCCACUUUACCUGCGUUUGCAGUCUGUGAGAAAUUUGUGGUCAUGGAAAUAAACAAUGAAGAAAAGCUUGAUAGUGGAACAGAGGAUGAUUUUGGAGGACUUGUUUCAGCUAAUCUUAUUCUGCUGCGGAACAGGCUUUUAGAUAUCCUUCUGAAACUUCUAUAUACAUCUAAAGAAAAGACAAGUGUUAAUUUGCAGGCUUGUGAAGAACUGGUCAAGACACUGGGUUUCGAUUGGAUUAUGAUGUUUAUGGAAGAACAUCUUCAUUCCACCACAGUCACAGCAGCCAUGCGAAUUCUCGUGGUCCUGUUGAGCAACCAGUCCAUCCUUAUUAAGUUUAAGGAGGGUCUCAGUGGUGGAGGCUGGCUGGAUCAGACAGAUUCUGUCCUGACCAAUAAGAUUGGUACUGUCUUAGGGUUCAAUGUUGGCCGGAGUGCUGGUGGCAGAUCGACAGUGCGGGAGAUUAACCGGGAUGCUUGUCACUUCCCAGGCUUCCCCAUUCUGCAGUCCCUUCUCCCAAAGCACACUAACGUGCCUGCACUCUAUUUCCUCCUCAUGGCCCUUUUCCUGCAGCAGCCAGUCACUGAGCUGCCUGAAAACCUGCAGGUCAGUGCACCUGUCAUCAGCAGCCAGUGUAAUCAGGGUGCCAAGUUUGAUUUAGACUCCAUUUGGACAUUCAUAUUUGGAGUUCCUGCCUCCUGUGGCACUGUUACCUCCUCAAUACACAGUGUUUGCACAGAAGCUGCCUUCUUGUUACUGGGAAUGCUGAGGAGCAUGCUGAAUUCUCCCUGGCAGUCAGAGGAAGAAGGCUCUUGGCUUCGGGAAUAUCCAGUCACCCUGAUGCAGUUCUUUCGGUAUUUGUAUCACAAUGUACCUGACCUCAUUUCCCUGUGGAUGAGUCCAGAGUUCCUGUGUGCACUGGCAGCAACAGUGUUUCCUUUCAACAUCCGACCAUACUCUGAGAUGAGAUUUUUGGGAAACCGGCUUACCCAUAACUGCACUCUGAUGAAGGUCACUGAUCUCGAUGAUGAAGUUGGGUCCCCAGCUGAAGAGUUUAAAGCCUUUGCAGCUGAUUCUGGCAUGAACAGGAGCCAAUCAGAAUACUGCAAUGUGGGCACCAAGACCUACCUGACCAACCACCCUGCCAAGAAGUUCGUGUUUGACUUCAUGCGUGUGAUGAUUAUUGAUAACCUAUGUCUCACACCAGCCAGCAAACAGACUCCACUGGUAGACCUUCUGCUAGAGGCUUCUCCUGAAAGAUCAACACGAACCCAGCAGAAGGAGUUUCAGACAUAUGUUUUGGAUGGAGUGAUGGACCACCUACUUGCAGCUGAUGUUUUGUUGGGUGAAGAUGCAUCUCUGCCUAUAACGAGUGGAGGAAGCUACCAAGUGCUGGUGAACAAUGUGUUUUAUUUUACACAGCGUGUGGUAGAUAAGCUUUGGCAGGGCAUGUUCAACAAAGAAUCCAAGCUUCUUGUGGACUUCAUAAUCCAGCUCAUUGCACAGUCAAAAAGAAGAUCUCAGGGACUCUCGCUGGAUGCCAUUUAUCACUGCCUGAACAGAACCAUCCUGUAUCAGUUCUCAAGAGCGCACAAAACUGUUCCCCAGCAAGUGGCUCUCCUUGAUUCCCUAAGAGUCCUUACUGUGAACAGGAACUUAAUUUUGGGACCUGGAAAUCAUGAUCAGGAGUUCAUCAGCUGCCUUGCUCACUGCCUGAUUAAUCUGCAUGUGGGAAGCAAUGUUGAUGGGUUUGGAUUGGAAGCAGAAGCCAGGAUGACAACUUGGCACAUUAUGAUCCCCUCUGAUAUAGAACCAGAUGGAGUCUACAAUCAAGAUGUCAGUGAAGGUCGCCAGCUUCUUUUAAAAGCCAUAAACAGAGUGUGGACAGAGCUGAUCCACAGUAAAAAACAGGUUUUGGAAGAAGUUUUCAAAGUGACACUACCUGUCAAUGAUCGUGGCCAAGUGGAUAUAACUGUUGCCAGACCUUUCAUUGAGGAAGCAAGUUUAAAGUGUUGGCAAAAUCAUUUGGCUCAUGAGAAAAAAUGCAUCAGUAGAGGAGAGGCUUUGGUUCCAACCACGCAGUCCAAACUUUCAAGAGUCAGCAGUGGAUUUGGCCUCUCUAAACUGACUGGUUCCAGGAGAAACCGCAAGGAGAGUGGGCUGAGUAAACACAACCUCUCUACACAGGAAAUUUCCCAGUGGAUGUUUACUCACAUUGCAGUGGUUCGGGACCUGGUUGAUAUGCAGUAUAAAGAAUACCAGGAGCGUCAGCAGAAUGCGUUGAAAUACGUGACCGAGGAGUGGUCUCAAAUCGAGUACGAGUUACUGCGAGAGCGAGGGCUCUGGGGGCCUCCCAUCGGCUCCCACCUGGACAAAUGGAUGCUGGAGAUGACUGAGGGUCCCUGCAGAAUGAGGAAAAAGAUGGUGCGGAAUGACAUGUUUUAUACUCAGUAUCCCUACAUGCCUGAGGCUGAGCAGGAAACAAACUUGCUGUCUGACUUCUCAAACAGACUUCCUGAGACAUCUGAUGAUACCAUUCCUCAAAAGAAACCUGCUCGCUACCGGAGAGCCAUCAGUUAUGACAGCAAGGAGUACUACAUGCGCCUGGCUUCCGGAAACCCCGCGGUCUUCCAGGACGCCAUAGAAGAGAACACAGUUGGUGAAACAGCUCAGCAGGAGCCAGAGCAUGGGGAGGACACUAUUGCAAGAGUCAAAGGCCUGGUGAAGCCUCCCCUGAAACGAUCUCGUUCUGCUCCUGAUGGAGGAGACGAUGAGAACCAGGACCAGUCACAGGAUCAGAUUGUUGAGGGGAGUUCAAUUGAUGAAGAGGAGAAGACUGACAAUACAACUUUGCUUCGACUUCUUGAAGAAGGAGAGAAGAUCCAGCACAUGUACCGCUGUGCUCGGGUUCAGGGCCUUGACACCAGCGAGGGGCUGCUUCUUUUUGGGAAAGAACACUUCUACGUCAUCGAUGGGUUUACCAUGACAGCCACCAGGGAGAUACGGGACAUCGAGACACUGCCUCCAAAGAUGCAUGAGCCAAUCAUACCCAGGGGAGCAAGGCAAGGUCCAAGUCAACUCAAAAGAACUUGCAGCAUUUUCGCAUAUGAAGAUAUCAAGGAGGUGCAUAAAAGGAGAUACCUUUUGCAGCCAAUUGCAGUUGAAGUUUUCUCAGGAGAUGGACGAAACUAUCUUCUAGCUUUCCAGAAAGGGGUUAGAAACAAAGUUUAUCAAAGGUUUUUGGCUGUGGUGCCAUCUCUGACCGACAGCUCUGAGUCAGUGUCUGGGCAGAGACCAAACACCAGCGUAGAGCAAGGGUCUGGCUUGCUUAGCACUUUAGUGGGAGAAAAAUCUGUUACUCAAAGAUGGGAAAGAGGAGAAAUCAGUAACUUCCAGUACCUGAUGCACUUGAACACUCUGGCUGGCAGAUCCUAUAACGACCUCAUGCAGUACCCUGUCUUCCCCUGGAUCCUCGCAGACUAUGACUCAGAGGAACUGGAUCUUACAAAUCCCAAAACAUUCAGAAACCUGGCCAAGCCCAUGGGAGCUCAAACAGAGGACAGGUUAGCCCAAUAUAAGAAGCGAUACAAGGAUUGGGAAGAUCCCAAUGGGGAAACCCCAGCUUAUCACUAUGGGACUCACUAUUCCUCAGCCAUGAUCGUGGCUUCCUAUCUUGUCCGGAUGGAGCCUUUUACUCAGAUUUUCUUACGGUUACAGGGCGGUCACUUCGACCUGGCUGACCGCAUGUUCCACAGCGUGCGCGAGGCCUGGUACUCCGCCUCCAAGCACAACAUGGCAGACGUGAAGGAGCUCAUCCCGGAGUUCUUCUACCUCCCCGAGUUCCUGCUCAAUUCCAACAAUUUUGACCUAGGUUGUAAACAAAAUGGCACUAAACUUGGUGAUGUAAUACUCCCUCCAUGGGCAAAAGGAGAUCCUCGUGAGUUUAUCAGAGUCCAUCGGGAGGCUCUGGAAUGUGACUUUGUGAGUGCUCACCUGCAUGAGUGGAUUGACUUGAUCUUUGGCUAUAAACAGCAAGGUCCUGCUGCAGUAGAAGCUGUAAAUGUCUUUCACCAUCUCUUCUAUGAGGGACAAGUGGACAUAUAUAACAUCAAUGAUCCUUUAAAAGAGACAGCUACCAUAGGAUUCAUUAAUAACUUCGGACAGAUACCAAAGCAGCUCUUCAAAAAACCCCACCCACCAAAGCGUGUUAGAAGCCGUCUGAAUGGAGAGGCUGUGGGAACCUCUGUGCCCCCUGGUUCCACAGGUGACAAGAUCUUUUUCCAUCAUUUGGACAACCUGCGGCCAUCUCUUGCCCCAGUAAAAGAGCUCAAGGAGCCUGUGGGGCAGAUCGUGUGUACUGAUAAAGGCAUUCUGGCAGUAGAACAGAACAAGCUUCUCAUCCCACCCACGUGGAAUAAAACAUUUGCCUGGGGCUAUGCAGACCUCAGCUGCAGACUGGGUACCUAUGAGUCAGACAAGGCUGUGAUUGUUUAUGAAUGCUUGUCAGAAUGGGGUCAGAUCCUGUGUGCCAUUUGCCCCAACCCCAAACUAGUUAUCACUGGAGGAACAAGCACAGCAGUCUGUGUGUGGGAAAUGGGUGUCUCCAAAGAAAAAGCUAAAGCCCUCACACUGAAACAGGCACUGCUGGGUCACACUGACACUGUUACGUGCUUAACGGCAUCGCUGGCGUAUCACAUAAUUGUGAGUGGAUCCCGGGAUCGCACCUGCAUCAUCUGGGAUCUGAAUAAGCUCUCCUUCCUGACACAGCUCCGAGGGCACAGGGCUCCAAUUUCAGCACUCUGUAUAAAUGAAUUAACGGGCGACAUUGUAUCAUGUGCUGGCACUUACAUCCAUGUGUGGAGCAUUAAUGGCAGCCCUACUGCAAGUGUAAACACCUUCACUGGCCGAAGCCAGCAAAUCAUGUGUUGUUUUGUGUCAGAGAUGAAUGAGUGGGACACCCAGAAUGUCAUCGUAACGGGGCAUUCGGAUGGAGUUGUCCGGUUCUGGCGGAUGGAGUUUUUGCAAGUGCCAGAAACACCAGCUCCAGAGCCUGUGGAAAUGCUGGAAAUGCAGGAGGACUGUCAGGAUGCUCAAAUAGGGCAGGAAGCCCAUGAAGAGGACAGCAGUGACUCCGAGGCAGACGAUGCAUGCAUAGGCCAGGACACAAAAGUGCAGGAGAGCCAGAGCCAACCAAGCAGCACCAGCCACAGGCCUCGGUCAUCGUCAGCCAGAGCAGCAGCAGCAUGGUCAGCAGACAGUGGCUCCGAUGACUCCAGGCGUUGGUCAGACCAGCUCAGCUUGGAUGAGAAAGAUGGAUUUAUCUUUGUGAAUUAUUCGGAGGGACAAGCAAAAAUGCAUCCCCAUGCUCAGGUUAACCACCCCCACCCCAGCUAUGCUGAAGCACGGCACUACAGCAAGCUCAAACCAGGAUACAGAUGGGAGCGUCAGCUGGUAUUCAGAAGCAAACUAACUAUGCACACGGCAUUUGAUCGCAAAGACAACGCACACCCAGCAGAAAUCACUGCGCUCGGCAUCUCCAAGGAUCACAGCAGGAUCCUGAUCGGGGACGGCCGGGGCAGGGUGUUCAGCUGGUCAGUGAGCGAUCAGCCGGGCCGGUCCGCGGCCGACCACUGGGUGAAGGACGAGGGUGUUGACAGCUGCUCGGGCUGCACCGUGCGCUUCUCACUUACCGAGAGGCGGCACCACUGCAGGAACUGUGGACAGCUAUUCUGCCAGAAGUGCAGCCGGUUUCAGUCAGAAAUCAAACGGCUGAAGAUUUCAUCACCGGUCAGGGUGUGCCAGAACUGCUUCUACAACCUGCAGCAUGAGCGGGGCUCAGAGGAGGGGCCCAGAAAUUGAUGGGGCCUGGCAAACCUCACCCGGCCCCGCUGUCACUCCAGGAACCAGUGAGAGUAUUGGAAGGAAUUGGAAUAUUGUCUGUUUACACUUAUGUUUAUACUGCAUUCUAAGCACUAAGAGUAAAAAGGGAUCAUUGCAUUGGUUUGUGUUGACAGAAGGCAGACGAGGCGAACAGCAUAAGGAGAAGAGCAAGGCCCAGGAAGACAUGGUUAAUAACCAUAAAUCCUACAGAACUGGCAGCCCCUAAGCCCAUGCUGGGGUGGCUGUCACGAAAAUCCUCACUUAUCCUAAACACCCCUUCUUGUCUUGUUUUUGUAGAGUUAGUCAUCUUAACUGGGGGGAGGGAGGGCAAGGCUUUUUAGAAGAUAGUUGUAAAUCUGCCUUCUUCGCAAGCAACUGUGUAUAUUGUAAAUAGGUAUAACGGCCUUUUUAUCUAAAUAUGAACUUAACUGCCUGUUACAUGGGACUUCAGAUUAACCACUGUACUUCGUGUGGCAUCUUUAUCUCAUUUAUCAAUUUAAAUACGAAUGUUUAAAAAAAAAAAAAAACAAAACAAAAUAUCAAAAACAGAAAACUCAAAGGCAUUAUGUGUAUUUCUGUUAAAAAUCCAGUCUGUGCAUGUUUCUUCUUUCAGUUGCCCACAGUAUCUUAAUGUAAGUGAGGCUAUUCAUAGAAUUACACAGAUUUUUUCAAAAGAAAACAUUUUUGAGAAUAGGAAAUUGGAGUAUUUUAUUCUAGCUGUAAGAUAACCAGGAACUAAAUUGUACACUUGUGUUGCAUUUUAUACCAAACUAUUUACCACCUCAGUGUUGUUCAUAUUUAAUAAGGCCUCUUUUAUACAUAUGUCAAAGCUACAGUUUUGUUAAUUACUUACUGUUCAUUAGCAGCUGAUUCAUGCAGUGCAAGAACCAGCUUUUACCUUCUUUAGUCAAUAGCAAUUGGCUUUUGCAUAUAGGUACAGAAUUAAUUCCUUGUGCAUAAAAUUGAACUGCUGUUGUCCCAUAGCUUCUCUGCAGAAAACCUUUUUGUAACAACAGGCAUUGCUCUAAAGCAGAGUGAUCUUGGUCGUGUCAGAAAUGCUCCUCGGAGCUCUCUUUGUCUUUCAGCACAUGCCAUCAGCUUGAGGACAGCAGUAGCUUUCCAUUAUGGUUUUUAAGUUUCAAGAUGAAUUUAAUUGCAGUAUUUUCUUACUACUCUGUCAUUUGUUUUGCACUACGUGUGGGAUGAAGUAGAGACACGGAUAUCCGCUGGGAUUGGAGCACGUGCAUUGGGAUAGGCCCAUGGACUGAAUUUCUGCAUGAGGUCUUGCCAGUGGGUUUUUGUUUGCUCAAGAGGGUAGAGGGGGAGAGCAGCAGGCAGGCUGGUGGUUGGUUUGGGUUUGCUUUUUAACAUAUGUGUAUAUAUUUUGUAAAUGGAUGACAAACUGAUCUAGAGCUAGGUAUAUUCACAAUGGAUUCUUUUAAAUAGAGGUAAGGAUGUGACCCAGACCAACAGAAGACGGGUGGCUCUAGCAGUACUUGAGUGAAUGUUGUCACUCAAAGGGAUGAGAUUAUCCUUCACUUGGAAUGACUUGGGCAGGCUCUGGCCCUGGUACAGCAAAUCCUUAAAACCAGCAUUGUUGUUGGAAUUGCGCCAUCAAAAAUUCCAGGCCCUCUCUCUUGGGAUGAGCUCCUUCCAGAGGGUCCCUGGCACUGUGAGGGCACCCUGUCUUCUCUUGAUUUGAGCUUUUAGCAGUGAAUAAUUUGUUAAUUCUGACCACUUACUAUUUACCCUGGUAUCACAUGUUUAUGCACUGAAGGUUAAAUAUGUAUUUUGAUACUUGUUUGUUUAUUAUGUAUGUGCUGGUCUGUAAAAUGAGAUAUAUUCCUGUUUUGGUAUGUAUACUAGGUCCCCAAAUGAACAGAAAGGCUUCUCUAGAGCCCUUGCACACUGUUGAGUAAAUGCAGGUUUGUUGAGCUUAGCUGACCCAAAUUUUGGAUCCAAAGAGUGAUGGUCAAGUAGCCACACUGACUACUGGCUACCUGGCAGAUUUGACCCUAAAAAGAGGAAGAGGUCCUCGGUAAGCAUGGGCAGAGCACUGGAAUUUCUGUGUUCAGCUGUUCUCUCUAACGUUGCCUUCACCCUUCCCAAAAUGAUGCAAAACCAGCAUACUUCAGAAGACAGGCUAGUGGCCUUAACGUUUUCUGUUUGCAAGAAAGGCUGUUUUAACAACUCUUAAAUGCCUUUGAGUCCACAGUUUUUCUCCCCUUGCCUCCAGAUUUCCAAAUCAUCCCCAAAUUUAAGGAAGCCUUCUUUUCUGUGGACUGCAGCUUGUACAGCCACACGGUUAAUCCCUGAUAAAAGCAAGGCUAUGACAACAACACUGAUGUGGUCCAGCACUGAAACCAGGACAGAGUUGUGCUGUGGGGUCCUGAGGACGGGGCUGUCAGCCACAGACGUGUUGUACGGGUGUCGUUCCGCACCUGCGGCAUUGGCAGGGCGCUAAAGAAAUCCUUAUUCCUUCCAAAUUCUGCAGUGUGCAGGCUAGGCCCAGUUUACAUUUUGCAAGCAAACCACCACAGCCCUCUGACUUAAUUCUGUUCCCAAAAAAACCACAUUUUCGCUUGUUGGAGGCGGAGGGGGACAAACACACCUGCUCAUAUUCCCUCUGGCAGCUGGUGCUGUGGGCAACUGUUGUGUUCAUGUGGGAGUGGGGUUUUUUUCCAUUUCAUUUGAGCUUCUAAUGCAAAUACUUGUUUUGUUUUCCAUGUAAAAAUCUGUUGAGCAAAAAUAUACUAAUUUACACAAGCAUUAGUAGACUGUAGUCUCUGCAAGUACCUCACAUGUCUUCUCCUGCCUUGUUCUUUGUAGUAAACUUAUCCAUGUACUCCUAACAUUCGUAUGUAGUGUGCAACUGUAAUGUCAUGCUUUUGAGAGGGGUUGGCUGCUUCCAGCCAACAUUCAUCAGUUCAAUAGCAAAACACUUUAGAUAAGUUAUUUUGCACUUUCUUAUGUAUAAAAUUGGUAGAAACUUAUAUUUGCUUUGUAUCAUUUAAAGACUCCUUUUGUUUCGGUAAAUGAACUGUGUAUAAAAUACUUAUGCAGUUAAAACUGUUUUUAGAAAGUAUUUUUAAUUUCAGCAAGUUUGGUUACUUGUUGCAUGACUAUUAACACAGCUGACUUUUUGUGUCAGUGCAAUGUAUAUUUUUUUUGUCCUGUUAUUAACUUGUAAGCCCUAGUUAAAUGGCCAUUUAUUUGUACAGCAUCAGGAGUAAAUUGAAGAUAACUGGCUAAGACUGGAGUGUGGAAUUUUGUACUAUAUUGCAGAAUCCAAUAUCUGUUUUUUGGUGGUUACGUAAAAGGCCUGACGAUUUACUAUCUAGUGUGCAAUCUGUGAUAUCUGAAUGUUCAUUGUAUAUUUGUCUCCAAUGCAAAAAGGUAGAGUAACACAAUUACAACAAUACAUGAUUAAAUGCAAUAGUUCAGGUACUGAAGUAUUUUUUUUUUUCAUUUCAAAUAAAUACCUGCUAUUUACCACCAAAAA